AUGUCUUAUGUUACAACAGAACUUAUUUCAGAAAACCAAGAAGAACCCAAUACUUUUCAAGAAGCAGAAGAACUUGAAGUAGACACUGAAUUGAUUUCUGAAGAGUUAUUAUUGACUAGUUUAUCAGAAAGCUCAUUUGAAGACGACAUGGAAGAAGAACUUCUGAUAGAUGAAACAUUAUCACCACUUGAAAAAAUAUCUUUAUAUGUAAGAACUCUAGUUUUAUCAGCAUUCCCUAAACCUGAAUUUGAAAGAUAUUUCAUCCCUAUUUUGAAAAAUUUUUCAACAGAUAAUGUUGUUAAUGUUAGAAUUACAUUAGUAAGACUAAUUAGAGAUUUAUGUCGAAUAGAACAAUAUUAUCAGGAUCCAAUGAGCAAAUCACAAAUCAUUGAUAUGAUUAAACAACUUGCAGAAGAUCCUGAUUUUGAUAUAUAA